AUGACAAGCAGGAAGCCAUUGCACCCCCGCCCUGCUUCAACAACACCUACAUUUAAAAGUACCGAAUGGCAAAACAACGAAUCCUCAGACGUCGCUUCAAGUGAUGACGAGCAACAGUCCUAUGAAUAUGAGGACCACAAUAUAACCGAGGACACAUCCCAGUACAAAAGUAGCAAUAUAUCACAAACGCCCACUAAAUUUUACCAAUCGGAAAAGUUGCAAAGCUCACACACUAAACGAUCCCAAAAUAUUCCGAAGGAAAAUGAAAGUUCCAACUUUCUGUUUAUAUUGGUGCUUGCAAUAUCCGUCAUUGCCAUUGCCAUAGGACUUUCAUUUUAUUGGAAGACGACUGUUCCAAAACAUUGCGGCUUUGAGACUCUGCGUCAUCGUCAACCGCUGCAGCACUCGGCCGUUUGGCACGCACUAUCCGUGGGCAUUGGGAUGCUGUUGAAUAAACAGAGCAGCACUUCCAAUGUUUACUUGUUCAUGUAUCAGGGCGGUAACAGUGGUGGAACAACGAAAGUGGUACAACUUAUCAAUGAUAUUGCCAGCGAAACGUCCAGGGACGAAGACGAACUGUGCAAAUGGGGCGUGAGGAUUUUUCUACCCCAAACGGUGACUACGGCUAUGCCAUUGAGCAGUUCAAAAAUAAAAUAA